AUGGAUUCGCUCGGCGCAGCAAGCACUCGGUUUGGGUUUGAUCUUUUCAAAGAGCUGAAGAAGACAAACGAUGGCAACAUCUUCUUUUCCCCUGUGGGCAUCUCAGCUGCCAUCGGCAUGCUCCUCCUGGGGGCGCGGGGAGCCACCUCCUCCCAGUUGCAGAGGUUGAUUCAUUUUCACAGCUCACUCAGGAACACUUCCUCCAAGUCAUUAUCCAGUUACCACCCAAAGAAGACAGAAGAGAUACAUCACCAAUUCCAAAAGCUUUUGACUGAAAUAAGCAAACUCACUAAUGAUUAUGAACUGAACAUAGCCAACAGGCUGUUUGGAGAAAAAACAUAUCUCUUCCUUCAGAAAUACUUAGAUUAUGUUGAAAAAUAUUACCAUGCGUUUCUGGAACCGGUUGAUUUUAUAAAUGCAGCAGAUGAAAGUCGAAAGAAGAUUAAUUCCUGGGUUGAAAGUCAAACAAAUGAAAAAAUCAAGGACCUUUUUCCAGAUGGCUCUCUUAGUAACUCCACCAAGCUGGUGUUGGUGAACACAGUUUAUUUUAAAGGGCAAUGGGACAAGGAGUUUAAGAAAGAAAAUACUAAGGAGGAGAAAUUUUGGCUGAAUAAGAGUACGAGUAAGUCCGUGCUGAUGAUGACACAACGCCACUCCUUUAGCUUCACUUUCCUGGAGGACUUGCAGGCCAAAAUUCUGGGGAUGCCAUAUAAAAACAAUGACCUAAGCAUGUUUGUGCUUCUGCCCAAUGACAUAGAUGGUCUGGAGAAGAUUAUAGAUAAAAUAACUCCUGAGAAAUUAGUAGAGUGGACUAACCCAGGGCAUAUGGAAGAAAGGAAUGUGAAUUUACACCUGCCCCGGUUUGAAGUGGAGGAAAGUUACGAUUUUGAGGAUGUCCUGGCAGCCAUGGGGAUGGGAGAUGCCUUCAGUGAGCAGAAAGCCGACUAUUCAGGAAUGUCUCCACGCUCCGGGUUGCAUGCCCAGAAGUUUCUUCACCGGUCCUUCAUGGUGGUGACGGAGGAAGGCACUGAGGCUACAGCUGCCACCAGCAUUGGCUUUACUUUCUCAUCAGCUGCAGGUUAUGAAAACGUUCACUGCAAUCAUCCUUUCCUGUUCUUUGUCAGGCACAAUGAGUCCAGCAGCAUCCUCUUCUUUGGCAGAUUUUCUUCUCCUUAACACAGUCAUUGCCACGGCAUUGCUACUGUUCCAGAAAACCACCUCCAGUGUUGGAGUAUUAAUAUGAUUAUGGAAAUUGUCCAUUCUUUUAAAAUUGGUUUUACUUAGUUGCAUUUCAGUCUUACCAACAAAUCAAUAAUUUAAUGACUGUAAUAGCAUGUGUGUUUAUAUAACUUUCCUUGAAAGUAGAAUGUCUUUUUGUUUGUGCCGUGCAUAGGGUGAGUCAAACCAAAGUCACUA